CUCCUUUUAUAAUAAAUAAAGAGGGCAGAUUCAUCAUAACUAGAGAGGAGAGGUCGCUCUCAGUACUCUGUAAGAGAGAGAAAGAAACCAGUAUAGUGGUGAGGGAGCAUUGCUCGUGAGAAAGAAUGGCGGAGGAAGAGGCAGCGGUGCCACUACUCACGAGGAACAACGGCGUCGUGGAGGAUGAGGAGGACUACGAGGCAGUGAUGAGUGUGAGGGACAUGCGUAAGGUGUUCUGGAAAGAGUCGGUCAAGCUAUGGACGAUUGCGGGCCCCAUCAUUUGCACCAUUCUCUGCAACUACGGCAUCAACUCCCUUACCAACAUUUUCGUCGGCCAUAUCGGUGAGCUUCAGCUCUCCGCCGUCACCAUUUCUCUUAGCGUUAUCGGUACCUUCUCCUUUGGUUUCAUGCUUGGAAUGGGGAGUGCAUUGGAGACGCUAUGUGGUCAAGCUUAUGGAGCUGGACAAGUCAACAUGCUUGGGAUUUACAUGCAACGUUCAUGGCUCAUACUACUAGUCAGCUGUUUCAUCCUCUUGCCAAUUUACAUUUUUGCUGCACCAAUUUUGAAGCUUCUUGGCCAAGCCGAUGAAGUAGCUGACCAUGCAGGAAAGUUCACCAUUCUCGUUAUUCCUCAGUUAUUCUCACUUGCCAUCAAUUUCCCGACUCAGAAAUUCCUCCAAGCACAGAGCAAAGUCAAUGCUCUCGCCUGGAUUGGCUUUGUGGCUAUGAUUCUACAUAUUGGACUGCUCUGGCUCUUCAUUUACUUUUUCAAAUGGGGUAUGACUGGUGCAGCUGUGGCAUUUGACCUCACCAGUUGGCUCAUUGUGAUUGCCCAAGUUUUGUAUGUGAUAGGUUGGUGUAAUGAAGGUUGGAGUGGUUUUUCAUGGCUGGCUUUUAAGGAGAUGUGGGCAUUUGUUAGGCUCUCUCUUGCUUCCGCUGUCAUGCUUUGUCUCGAGGUUUGGUACUUGAUGAGUGUGAUUGUUCUUACUGGCCACCUUAAAAAUGCAGUGAUUGCUGUUGAUUCCCUUUCUGUUUGCAUGAAUCUCAACGGAUGGGAAGCCAUGUUGUUCAUUGGAAUCAAUGCAGCUAUCAGUGUCCGAGUUUCGAAUGAGCUAGGAAUGGGACGUCCAUUGGGAGCCAAAUACUGUGUCUAUGUGACAGUAUUUCAGUCUCUCUUAAUUGGGAUAUUCUUCGCAGUAGUAAUUUUGUUAACUAAAAAUUACUUUGCAGUCAUCUUUACCAACAGCAAAGAAGUGGAUGAAGCUGUGUCUCACCUUGCAUAUCUUCUCGGUAUCACCAUGCUACUCAACAGUGUCCAGCCAGUCAUUUCAGGUGUUGCUAUUGGAGGUGGUUGGCAAGCAUUGGUGGCUUACAUCAACUUAGGAUGUUAUUACAUUUUCGGGCUUCCAUUGGGAGUUCUUCUUGGCUAUAAAGCUGACCUUGGAGUAAUGGGACUAUGGGGAGGCAUGAUAUGUGGAACUGCUCUACAAACCUUGCUGCUCUUGAUUGUACUAUAUAAAACCAAUUGGAACAAAGAGGUGGAACAAACGACAGAACGCAUGAGGAUAUGGGGUGGUCAAGACAUCAUUGAGAAGCCAGCUGAUGAACAUAUAUGAUCUGUUUUCGUUUUGGCUUUCAUAAGAAAUUAGUGAAGGAUUUUGCAUGGUUUUAGUUACAAACCGUAGUAGAUUUAUGAAUGUGAGUUGUUUUGGCCGGACACUAACCAGCUCAUUUGACACGAUGUUGAUGUUUCGAACUUCUCUCUCUCUUGAAAAAACAAACACCAAUAAACAAAACUAUGACAGUGAAAUGCAAAAUGUACCAAUAAGAAACAAUAUUGAGAAAACCUUCUUUUAGUCAA